CUGAUUUAUUACCAUUUCCGCAUAACUCGUAAUCUAAUCGUACCAGAAAAUAAAAACCCAUAUACCCGAGACAAAAAAUCAUAAAAGGCUUUGCUUGCUCUAUCCCUUUAAUUCAGUCUCUUUCCCUUCUGAAACAAGCAAUAUCCACAUGCUUCUUAUAUAUACACACAACUCGCACAUAUAUAUAACCGGAAUAAAGGUCAUCGUCAUAUCUUUUAAUCCCUGUUGUUUAGCCUCUAAGCAUUGCCCUUCCCCACUCUACUACCCUUCACUCACUAAUAUUCUCCCUCUCACCUUUUCUUGUUUCCCUUAUCAAACAACAAUAAAUCUGCUAAUUUCUGUAAUAGAAUCCCAUUUAGUUUCUUUUUAAUUUUCUUGAUUUUCCCCUUUUGACCAAAAUCUUGGAUUUUCCACUCACAACAUUUUAGUUUUGCACUCUCUUGGAUCUUUUUCACACACGGAUGGGAAAUACUUGCUUUGGGGAUGCUUCCAAAUCGACGGCGGAAAUUGCGCCGUCGGAGCUGGUAAAACCCCCUCCGACGAUCAAACUCUACGGCCAACCCGAUAGCUUCGCGACCUCCCACAUCCGAUUGGCCCUCCUCUACAAGCCCGUCACUCUCCAAUUCGUCCCAUCGGAUGCCCACCCGAACCCGACCCUCAUCUACAAAUCCGAGGUCGUCUCCGGCUCCGUCGAGGACAUCCUCCGCUACCUGGACGCCAAGUUCCCGGACCCGCCGCUGUCCGUGGCGGCGAGCGGCAGCAUAUGGGGUUGGUGCGGGGAGGCGACGCCUGUGGUGGUCUGGGUGGUGGUGCUGCAGCACCGGAGCGUGAGCUGGCACCUGGAGAGGAUGGUUAAGUGGGCGGAGGACAUGGCGGCGCGUGGGGGUAAAGCGAUGGGGGAUCCGUCGAUGGGGAGCCCCAGGAUGGAGGUGAAGAAGUUUGGGAAGAGCUACUCGCAGCUGUUGCAGGUGAUGCUGGAGCACGCGCAGAUGGAGGAGACCGUCCUCUUUCAGAUCCUCGAAUCCGCUGAUCGAGUGGGGGGUAAAAUUUUCCAGAUUUAUAGAUACUUAGAUAGGGUUGUGGGAUCCCUGAUGUUUUUAGAGGGUGAAAAAGAGCAUAAUACUGGGAACAUGGUAACCGGUAAGGAAUGUUAUUCAUUUCCUAAAGGAUUGCUCGGGUUAUGCAAGUCCGCGAAUGAGGAACACGCACGACAUUUGCCUAUAAUGAAUGGUAUCAAAGAAGAGAUAAAGACCAUUGGAGUCAUGAAUGCGGGAAGCCCCGAUUAUCAAGAGGUCCUCAUCAACCUUACAUCUCGUCUCAAAAGAUUAAAGGAAGACUGCAGAAAGCACUUUGAGGAGGAAGAACGAGAGCUGCUGCCGCUAAUGGAGGCAACUGAAUUAAACAAAAAGCAGCAAGAGAAAGUAUUGCAACAAUCAUUGGAUGUGAUGCGCGAAACACAUUCCCAUUUGUUUCGGUUUUUUAUGGAGGGCCUUGGACCUCAAGAUGCAAUGCACUACUUUGACUUGAUCAAGAGAUACUGUGACAAUGUUCGAGUAUCACUCAUGCUCCACAUGAUGGUCGAUUAAAGGCAAUUUUUGUUUUGAUCGAUUAUUUGGUUGGUUCAAUUUACUUCAUGAUAAUCGAUGGCAUUAUCGACACAACGACUAACUUUUGAUAUCGUUUGCUUCGCUCUCAAGGGGCAACAACUUAAUCUCCUUUUUUUUGUUGUAAUUUGGUUUUCUCUCAACAUUCGGCUGCCUGUGCUUACUGUCAUGUUGAGAGUGUAUCAUUAGUCAUUUUACUGUUCUUGAUUGAUGCAGGUGAUUAAGAUUUGAAAUAGAUAGUAAUUUGACCUGCUACUAUUUCUGUUUGUAUAUUCGCUGAACUCUGGAAGUUUUAUACUUUACAAUUGCCUGAAAUUUAGAAAAUUUGUAUUAGUUUCACAUGAAUUAAUAGAGUGGAGAAUUUGUGUUAGUUUCACAUGAAUUAAUAGAGUGGAGAUAUU